AAGCGUUCGUGGGCGUUAUUAAGCUCCUAAUUCUCGGACUUGUCUUUGCCUCUGCCUACAUCUGUUCUUCACCAGCGUAUAUAAUUAUUGGGCUAUACCACUUUUACCAUUGGGCGCGUCGUUCGGCAAUCACUCGGCGAGAGUUACUCCCGCUAUACCAUUACCGACCUACACAAGAGAAGUUUCACGAGAAGAGCUCAUAAAUUAUGGAUACCCGCGAUCCCUCCUGUUCCGCUCCCGCAACGACUAGCGGCUGGGUCUUACCGGUCGUAUCCGUCGCAAACGCUCUCCAUCCCGACGCAGCUUGGCAUUCUCGUAAAAGAACCCGGGACGGUCCGGGGGAAGAGCGCGAGGUCGUCGAAGUGUCGCGAGAGAGAUCUACAUCAAGGCAUAGAGAAGUCGAGGAAAGUGGAUUUUGGAAAUUUGCUUAUCUCCGACGCAAAAUCAAAGAGGCACAAAUGAUAGAAGACGGCAAACGAGUCGAGAAGCCCAUCAAGCAGCGAGGGACCAAGAACUUCUGCCAUAAGUGCAAGAAGCAGCAAGUUUUCAAGGAUAUAUCGUGUACGCAGUGUGGACAUGAUAAGUGUUUGGGAUGUUUGGUUGCAUUGAGAGAUUGACGGCUACGUUUUUUAGCCCGCUAGGUGGUAGAUGUGAUAACGUCGGUCGGCCGGAGGGUUGCGGAGGGCGGAGCCGUUGUGGGGCUGCGGCGGUGGAGUGG